GGUGAGCCCUAUUCCCGGAGGCAGGUGGUGCUGACCCUGUAACCCAAAGGAGGAAACGGCUGGCUAAGCUCAGCAUUGUUACUGGUAGGCACCAUGUCCUUGAAGAUGCAGGCAAGCAACGUAACCAACAAGAAUGACCCCAAGUCUAUCAACUCUCGAGUGUUCAUUGGAAACCUCAACACAGCUCUGGUGAAGAAGUCAGAUGUGGAGACCAUCUUCUCUAAGUAUGGCCGUGUGGCCGGCUGUUCUGUGCACAAGGGCUAUGCCUUUGUUCAGUACUCCAACGAGCGCCAUGCCCGGGCAGCUGUGCUGGGAGAGAAUGGGCGGGUGCUGGCCGGGCAGACCCUGGACAUCAACAUGGCUGGAGAGCCUAAGCCUGACAGACCCAAGGGGCUAAAGAGAGCAGCAUCUGCCAUAUACAGUGGCUACAUCUUUGACUAUGAUUACUACCGGGACGACUUCUACGACAGGCUCUUCGACUACCGGGGCCGUCUGUCGCCGGUGCCAGUGCCCAGGGCAGUCCCUGUGAAGCGACCCCGGGUCACAGUCCCUUUGGUCCGGCGUGUCAAAACUAACAUACCUGUCAAGCUCUUUGCCCGCUCCACAGCCAUCACCACCAGCUCAGCCAAGAUCAAGUUAAAGAGCAGUGAGCUGCAGGCCAUCAAGACGGAGCUGACACAGAUCAAGUCCAAUAUCGAUGCCCUGCUGAGCCGCUUGGAGCAGAUCGCUGCGGAGCAAAAGGCCAAUCCAGAUGGCAAGAAGAAGGGUGAUGGAGGUGGUGCCAGCGGCGGUGGUGGCGGCGGUGGCGGCAGCGGUGGCGGCGGUGGCGGCGGCGGUGGCGGCGGUGGUGGCGGUAGCGGCAGCCGGCCACCAGCCCCCCAAGAGAACACGACUUCUGAGGCAGGCCUGCCCCAGGGAGAAGCACGGACCCGAGAUGACGGCGAUGAGGAGGGGCUGCUGACACACAGCGAGGAAGAGCUGGUGAGGGCCUGGCCAGGGGCACGACUGGGACUUGACUGCGCUCCUACUCUCAGGAGACCAACAGGGCAACGGGCAGCCUGAGCUGUUUGCCCCCACUGUGAACUUCCUCUUCUCUCCUUCCCAGGGGUUCUAACGGUCCUGGGGGAAAGAGGGAAAAAUGAGCAGGGGGCACUUGCCUAUCUCAGACACCAUCAGAAGUCCCACUGAGGCCUAGGGCAGACCUCCCCUAAGUGCAGGUGCAUUCUGGCCUCCGGUUUCCACAUGAGUUGGAGAAGGGGAGAUUUGGACAUAAGAGAGCACACAUGGCCUGCAGAGCUUCAGAGCAGGGCUGGGGUGGCUUGUGGAGGCCACACCCAGGAGGUGGGUGUCACCUUCACAUGAGGAUUUUCUAAAAGCCGUUGCUCUUCAAGCACGAAGCAAAAGCUGUCUCAUAAGGGAGUGAGCUCCCCACCUAUUACUAGAA